AUGGCGAACAACACUAAUAUUAGUGGCGAAGGGGCAGAUCACAGAUUAUCGUUCAAAGUGGUUUUACUGGGAGAGGGCGCAGUCGGCAAAACUUCGUUGGUUCUCAGGUACGUGGAGAAUAAAUUCAACGACAAACACCUUUCUACAUUACAAGCAUCCUAUCUUACAAAGAAACUGAAUAUAUCUGACAAACGCAUUACACUAGCUUUAUGGGACACAGCAGGCCAGGAAAGAUUUCAUGCCCUGGGACCAAUCUAUUACCGGGAUAGUAAUGGUGCACUCCUAGUUUACGACAUCACAGAUGAAGAUUCAUUUAAAAAGGUACAAACAUGGGUUAAAGAGUUACGAAAAAUGUUGGGAAGCGACAUAUGUCUACGAAUAGUGGGAAAUAAGAUUGACCUCGACAAAGAGAGACAUGUUUCCCUAGAAGAGGCCGAAAACUACUCUGCUUCUGUUGGGGCCAAACAUUUCCAAACGUCGGCAAAACUUAACAAAGGCUUAGAUGAACUAUUUUACGAUCUUUCGAGAGGUUUAAUGUUUCUUCCACAAUAA